AUGCUGCGUCCCCCACGCUUCUCCAAGACUGUUCCCAGUUUUCCCAUUCUUCAGUGGGAUCUUGGAUAUCAGAGAAUCGAUGAUGUUCUCUCUGUCGGUCGUCAAUCAAAUCUUUAUAGCCAUCCCUUCUGUACUUGUUGUCGUUCUUAUCUUGCAAGCAUGCUUGUCCUUUGCAUACCCGUUCUUGGGACACACCUUUCCUGUUUUGCACCGAGCAAUCUUCGUGCUUCGCGAAUGUUCUCACCCUCUUCUCUUGAAUGCCAUAGCACUUGGGUCAUUGUAUUUAGGACCCAAAGACUCUAUUGCAAAGGGAGAAGCUCUAUGGCGCCUGGCACAUACCGCUGUUGCAACGUCGUGGCAAUCAAUGAUCACCCACCGUGGUCCGCAUGGUGCUUGCAAAGCUGUGCAACUCCUCAUCACGGCUCUUCUUUGGCAGAUCUACGGUGCAUUCCCUCCAAUGUUGAGAAGGAUCAUCAAUGGCGAUCCUGGGCGGCAAGGGAGAUUCAACAGCGCGCCUUGCUUGCAUAUUGCAUUCUAGAUGGUCUUGUGGCACAAAUGUCGGGCGACGGUGCGUCCACGCGACAUGUCGCCAAUCCACUUAUUCUCCCUAGCGGCGAAGCUGCAUUAGGCGCUAACAACGCGGACGAGUGGCUAGCUUAUAUACACUCUCAGAAGGCAGAGCAGCCAUCGCUUCGGCUGGUAUUUGGCUCCUUAUUUCCUCCCAUUGGCAGUCUUAGCCCUCUCGACUAUCAGUUCUCCGCUUUUGCCCUUCGCGCCGUCCUAGAAGGGAUACAGUCGUUUGUUUCGGAUCUGGACAACAGCGAUCUCGCAGCCGUCGGGGUCCUAGGUCGUUCAGACGUAAGGAGAGCUCUGGUGCAGGUCCAUGAGACCAUCACUAUGAGAAUCCACCUGUCAUCCCCGGAACGACUCGAGGUUCUUUUGCGUUGGCAUACGAUCUGCCUCGACGCUAUGGUUAACUCAACGAUGCUUUGCCGGCAUGUUUGUUCACGGUACAAUAUCCCCAAGGAAGUAUCCGGAGGCUCACGAGCGCUGAAGUCUGGGUUUGAUAUGGUGAAAUGGGUUAAUACAGAAGGCGCUCGUCGCGCCUUAUUGCACGCGAUUGCGAUCCAGGAUAUUAUUGAGCAGCUUCCCAGAGGAUGUGCUCAUGUCAUCCACAUGCCUAGCUCCCUUUUUGCUGCAGCGACGAUCUAUGUAGCUUUCUCACUCGCUGGAAUAGCAAACAUUCAUCUACCCCGCACGGUCGUCUAG